AUGGCCUCUGCACAACACCCAAACGGUCUCCCGCCGCACUUCAUCCUCACUCCACAGCAACAGGCACUGCUUUUCCGAGCCCUCACCUCAAAUCAACCCGCCAAUGAGUCUCCACAGACGAAUAGCCUUUCAUUGUCGCCUGCCGCCUUGCACAAGUCACCGCCUCAGAAUAACACCAACGGCAGCGGCGUUCAGGACAGUCCAUUUCUGGACUAUGAUUACAGUUUCGGCCCUGACUCGAGCGGCUUCGAUUUCGAUCUCGGCCUCGACAAUACAGACUCUAUGAUAGGUGAUCUUCCCGGGACGUCGCUCAAUAACGACAAGUCGAGCAACAGCAGCGAUAAGGGUAGUUCUCCGGAUAAUGAUAUUCACGACAAGAGAAGCCACCCUGACGAUGACGAUGACGAUGAUAAGGAAGGCAGUGCGAAGCGACGCGAGAGUGAAGGCAAAGUUCCCAAGAAACCCGGUCGUAAGCCGCUUACGAAUGAACCAAGUUCCAAACGUAAGGCACAAAAUCGCGCCGCUCAGCGUGCUUUCCGUGAGCGUAAAGAGCAGCACCUGAAGGACCUCGAGACCAAAGUUCAGGAGCUUGAGAAGGUGUCGGAGCAGACGAACAAUGAGAAUUCUCAGCUUCGCGCCAAGGUUGAAAAGAUGAACAUGGAAUUGAGCGAAUACAAGAAACGAUUGACUGUUGUCAACAACAAUAUGCGCUCGGCCCCUACUGGAUCAUCGCGGCCAGUUUUCGGUCAAAACCUUGUCAACAAUCUAAACGACGUCAACUUCAUGUUCGAGUUCCCCAAGUUUGGUGUCCUACCCGGGCCUCAACAAUCUCCCGGAAACACCAAUACUCGCCCUUCAUCUUUCCCGUCCCCAUCCAACAGCUUCAGCACACAGCCGACGCCAUCAGACAAGGUAACUGACAAAGCAACUCCCGGCUCUACCAAGAGCCGAAACAGCUCAGAACCAGACAAGGAAGCUCUAGCCAAGGUUUCAUCCAUCAUCAGCAGUGGCCCUUCAUAUGAUGCCUUCUUCAGCAAUGCGUCGAGGUCAAGCCUAGACUCUGGAAAUUAUAGUAUAGGAGGCGGCAAUUCCGGCUCUCCGUCCUCCUCGUCAAACUCCAAUGCUGGUGGUCCCAGCUCUUCCUGCGGAACGUCUCCUGAGCCUUUUACACAAUCACCUAUGGGCUUCAAGCCUGUUGAUACUUUGACGACGAUCGGAGAGGAACAACCCCAAAACGCGAAUGCCAAUGCCACUCAUAAUCAAUUCGAUUUUGGCAAUUUUGACAACAACAACUUCGACUGGCUUUCACAGCAGAAUGGUGGCCAGUUCGACCCACAGCUGUUUGGUGGCUACAGAGAGCCCCAGGACAAUAUUCUGGCCAAUGCUACGUUUGACGAUACAUUCUUCAACGAUGCAUUUGAUGCAGACUUUACCACGCCUUUCAACGUGGCACCCACCAGCCCCAAGGCUCCGAAGAAAAAUAUCUGCGCCGAGAUCGACGCCAGGAAAGAAGAGGAGGAUACGAUAGUCGCCACCGUCAAUGGCAAGUUGCUCACUUGUAACAAUAUAUGGGAACGUCUCCAAAAUUGCCCCAAGGUUCAGUCUGGCGAUAUCGACCUGGACGGUCUUUGCUCUGACUUGCAGAAGAAAGCAAAGUGCGGUGGCACUGGUGCUGUUGUUGAUGAAAAGGACUUCAAGGCGGUCAUGUCCAAGCACCUUGGCCCAUGCCCAGAUGAUAAGCCACAGUAA